AUGACAGGACUGAACGCGAUUGAACGACCUGUCAUUCACUCCAACCCAAAUAACGAGGCAUUAGAGAGGUGUAAACAACGUAUCGAAUUGAUUGCAAACACACUGCAAUUAGAAGGAUUUUCCCGAAUAGAUGCUUUUGUUAAUGUUGAUAGUGGAGAGGUGCUGAUUAUAGAGGUCAAUACUGUUCCUGGAAUGACUCCUUCCACCGUCCUUAUUCAUCAGGUUGGAUUCUCUCAUUCUAACAUUCUUCGAAGUGUUAUUCAUCAUGCUUGCUUGCGGUUCUCCACUCUCGCGUCACACAAUGAAGUAUCAGUUCAUUUGCCAAGAAGAUCGAAAUCCUUGCAGUUCGAUGAAGCAUUCAACAAAAGGGAAGGCAUUCAAAAUUUUUUUGUCUUAUUUGGAGGAGACACAUCAGAGCGGCAAGUCUCUCUUAUGAGUGGAACAAAUGUUUGGCUUAACUUGCAGGCAUUUGAUGAUCUUGAUGUAACUCCUUGUUUGCUUGCCCCCUCAAAUGACCAUUCUGAUGAUAGUUCCAGAGUGGUUUGGUCAUUACCUUACUCUAUUGUUCUGAGACACACUACAGAGGAAGUUCUUGAUGCCUGCAUAGAAGCAAUUGAACCAGCUCGGGCAGCUCUGACUUCUCAUUUGCGCAACCAAGUGAUGAAUGACCUCACGGAAGAGCGCAGAGGAGAGGAUAUUAUCUCCUGCAAAAAUGGGUACUUGAAAGAUAUGGAGGUUGAUGAGACUGUUUGA